GAUAUGUGUCUGUGAUCUAUGUCAUCUAUGUUAACCGGUGUUAACAUAUGUAACAAUGGCAAACGUUUCGUUGAAGUGUAUGCGAGUAGCAAGUGUUUUUAUUCCAAGGUUUAGAACGUCACAGUCAAGGAAGUGUUGUGCUUACAGUUGCAAUGAGUUUAAUGGAACUGUUUUUUCAGUUAUUAGAGGGUAUUCGAAUGUAAAUGUUCCACAAUGGCCUAGUGCCAAAGAUGUGGCCAGCUCAGCUGACGGAAAGAAGAGCAGCAAUCCAUUGGCACCACCUUCAAAUCCAGAGGAUGAAGACCGUGAGGAGCAGAAGAGACGAGAUGCUUCUUGGAAAGCAAUGAAGUACAGUCUCAUUGCUUUUGGUGCCACGUUUGGAAUGAUUGGAUCAUACAUGGUUUAUGAACUAGGUAAACCAAAGAGGGAUGAAAAUGGCCAUAUCAUAGAGGAUGAGUUCAGCCAGAUGCCAUUGAUUCAGCAGUUCUUCAGUCGCAUGUGGAAGGAAAUGGAUUAUUACAAACGAAUGAUUCGUGAGCCAUCACGGGAGAAACUGCUGCCUGAUCCGCUCACAUAUCCCUAUAUACAGCCUCCCUACACACUUGUUCUGGAGAUGACUGAUGUGCUAGUUCAUCCUGAUUGGACGUACAAGACUGGAUGGAGGUUCAAGAAGCGUCCAGGUGUGGAUCACUUCCUGGAGCAAGUAGCUCCACCAUUAUUUGAGGUGGUUGUGUUUACUGCUGAGCAGGGCAUGACUGUGUUCCCAAUUUUGGAUGCCCUAGAUCCAAAUGGCUACAUAAUGUACAGGCUGGUGAGGGAUGCCACACAUUUUGUUGAUGGGCACCAUGUCAAGGAUUUGGAUUGCCUGAACCGAGACCUGAGCAAGGUGAUUGUGAUAGACUGGAAUAGUGAAUCAUUGAAGUUCCAUCCCAGGAACAUGCUGCGACUGCCAAGGUGGAAGGGCAAUGAUGACGACCAGACUCUGGUGGACUUAGGAACAUUUUUAAGAACAAUUGCUGCCGAGAAAGUUGAAGAUGUGAGAGAUGUUCUGGACUACUACCAGCAGUUCUCAAACCCAGUGGAGGCCUUCAGGGAGAAUCAGAGGAAGCUGCUGGACAAAAUGGAAGCAAAGGAGAAAGAAUUGAAAGAGAACCCUCAAACAGGAACGCUAGCAAGCAGAUGGACACCAAGCUUCCUGAAGCCUCGCUGAGAUGUCUGCAGCAGCCAGCUGUGGGCUGUGGUGUACCAUGAAUCGUAUAUGAAGAGCAGACAUGUCAGAUGUCAGUUUUGCUGAGUCAGCCUGCUUUUGUUUCCUGUUCCCCACAAUUUCACAUACUUUAUAUGUGUGCCAUCCUAAAUAUUAUUUGUGAAUCCAUGUAUGUGACUUUUAGCAGUGUGUAGCGACUGUUUUCCCAGAUCUACAGUUGAACCCAGAUUCAUCACAGCAAUGGGACAAGAAGAGAGCCUGCACAGCAAAUACUGUUUUGCGCCAGUUGUGGGCCCAGAAAUAAACAGAGGAUAAGAGAAAAUCUGAGAUUUGAUGUUUUCAUGGUGGUAACUGUGAUGAUUACUGUGUUAUGUGACCUGAAGCUAUGUAGUGUGGUAGAAUGUUACUGAUUUUUUGGAGGAACAUUCUGCCUCCAUCUUCAGGCUGGAAGAGUAAGACCCUAGCUCAGACCCCUCUCCAUGUAUAUCCAUAUCACUUUUUUUUUAUUCUUGGUUUUCUGUUCUACCCUGAAGAUGGAAGCAUUUCAUCCCCAUGAAAUAUCAGUAAUGAUCUUGAGGACUACAAAGUGUCAUCCAAGAAGACAGUGUACUUCAGUAACAGAAAAAUACUUUUAGUUGUAACCUAUUUUUGAGGGUGCAUGCAUUUGUCAUUCAGGUUUGCAUAAUUUUUUGUAUACUUACUGCAUUUAGAAUUGCUGUAAAGGCUUUCAAUUGUAUAUUCAUGUAACAUAAUGAGCUGAAAACCAAACACAUCCAGAGUGAUGUUUGUUGCAAAGAAACAGCAGCAUGUCCAUUACUGUCUGAACUGACAUAAUGUAAUACAGUUGAACUGCCAUUUUAUUAUUCCUUGA